CUCAGGGGCGCGCGCAGCGGGCGCGCGGCGAUUGGCUGCGCCUCCAGCCCGAGCCACCGCGCCGGCGGAGUGGGCGCGGAGCCUUCCCGCGGCUCCUCAGUGCAGAUACAACCAUUUGUCUUGCGCAAGAGGCUUCAGUGGGAACUGAGAGUGCAUCAGUAGAUGAACAGCUGACUAUGAAUUCUGAGCAAGUCAUGCAUGAAUUAGGCAAUGAAGUCACAUCUGAGGACCUGGAACUACCAGAGAGAAUCUCCAGCAAUUUACAGGCCAUCGGUCCUUAUCCAGAUGAAGGGCCGUCUACAAAGUGCAGUAUACUGGAAUGUGGAAAGAAUGAUAUGAAUUAUGAACCUGUGAUUUCUCAUCAAGUUAUCCCAGACUUAAAUAAAGAGACAUCAGUAGCAUAUCUCCAAAGAGAACUGGAAAUUCUCAGAACAAGCAAUAAAAAGCUUCAAGAAAAAUUGACUAAAGAAGAUAAGGAAAAGAGAAAAUUAAAGCUUAAGUUGGAACUCCACGAGAAAGCAGCAGCAGCUGAAAUUGCUGAAAGGACAGCAGCUCUGGUUGAAGAAGUGUAUUUUGCACAGCGAGAACGUGAUGAAGCUAUUAUGUGCAGACUGCAGUCAGCUCUUGAGGAGAGAGAUGAAGCAGUUGCACGUGUGAAGCACAUGGAAAUGUCACUAAAACUGCUAGAAAAUAUUAACCCUGAAGAAAAUGACAUGACAUUACAGGAAUUACUGAGCAGAAUAAACAAUGCAGACACUGGGAUAGCUAUUCAGAAGAAUGGAGCUAUAAUUGUGGAUAGAAUCUACAAGACCAAGGAGUGUAAAAAGAGAAUAACUGCAGAAGAAAUGAAUGCAGUGAUAGAAGAGCGGGAUGCGGCUUUGUCUCAGUGCAAACGGCUGCACCAGGAGCUUCAUCGUCUGAAAGAGCAGAGGCAGACUUCAGCAAACAACACGAGACAUCCGACUGCUGAAAACAAUCAGGAACGUGCUCUGAAGGCAAAAUUACUGUCAAUGCAGCAAGCCAGAGAAACUGCAGUUGAACAGUACAAAAGGCUGGAAGAAGAAAUACAGACAUUACGAGUUUACUACAGUUUACACAAAUCAUUAUCUCAAGAAGAAAACUUGAAGGAGCAGUUUAACCAUGCCCUUAGUACCUAUGAAGAAGCCUUGAAAAACAGAGAGAGUGUUGUUUCCAUCACUCAGCAGCAGAACGAAGAACUGGCCACCCAACUUGAACAUGCUCUGACUCAGCAAGCCAACAUGGAAUUACAGCUUCAGUGUGCUGUAGAGGUCUCCCAAGCAGCCAAUGAAAAAGUUCAGAAGUUAGAAAGACUGGUGGAUGUCCUGAGGAAGAAGGUUGGAACAGGGGCUGUGAGGACAGUGAUCUGACUGAAAAACACCCAGUCUGGGGCAAGCAAUCACAUCUGGUGGCCAGGCUGCUUCAUUCAACACUGUGUAAACACUAAAAGCCUUAACUUAGCAAACAGUUGUUAGAAGUGGGACACUCCAACCACAUUCCAAGCUGAGAUAAAAUCAAAUCACAAAUGUUUAACCACUUUGCUGCUGACUUCAACUAUUUAUCCAAAUAUAUUAACUAUGGGCUUUUACCAAUUAUAACGCCGCAGCUUGUUUUGUAGCUAUUUUAUAUUUGUGCCUUUAAUGUGAUUCUUUCUGCCGGUGUACUAUAAAAAUGUGUGAAGUCGGUCAGGAUCGUACCCUCGCAUAUGGCCCUUUCUGAAUCGAAGUGCAGUAAAGUAAAUAUUGUCUAAGCCUUAAUCCACUGUGUUAGGUCACAACUUCAAAUAAAUGCGUUUUCAGUAUAGAGUAUAUUUCUUAACUGAUGGGAGAAGUUCAGACAUGAGAGAAUGUAGCCUACCUUCAAUGUAUGUGUGCAGCUUUUGUUCUUAAUAUGGAAGAAUAUUAAGUAUAGAUGCCAUGAGUUAAGUGUAUAAUUUGCUUUAAUAGUACAUUAAGAUGGCAGUCAUCAAGGCAUGGUUUUGUUUCACUAUAGGUAAUAUACACUGUUUUCAAUAAAAAGAUUAUUAAUGUGCACUUGAUUCACUAUAGAUAAUAUACACUGUUUACAAUAAAAAGGUUAUUAAUAUGCACUUCUGUAUACAUAUUAUUGGUAUUUUUUUAAUGUUGAGUAUGGGUGAUUAUCUGAGCGUCACUUAAGCUGUAGAAAUAACCAAGUUUCUGCUCAUAGUCUGGGACACUUUGGGCUUGAAAAUUAGCAUGUGCCAGUCAGUAUGUCUAGCCUAAAAGGCAAGAAGACAUCAAACCUGUUAGCAUUCUUACUAUUUUUUAGAUUAUGAUUUUUGGUGUGGUAGAAGAGAACCUAAUAGAUAAUUAUACAAAAAGUAUAGUGUCCAAAUAUGAGGACUUAGAAAAAAGCAUUCUUGCAAUUUGGUUCAAGUUUCCACUUUUGAAUUUAUUUAAGACAUAAGCCACUUCUCAUCAUAGAUGUUAUGAAUAUUUGUGGAGGAUAUUGUCAGUUUUACAGAUUGGAUAGCUGAAAAGGCCAUUCCUGGAACAGGAUGAAACAAGCAAAAAAUAUUGAAUUAGUAAAAAUUUUAUAGGCAGAAACUUUUCUAAGUUCCUAAUUCAUCUGUAAGAAUGAGCUAAAUUAUUUAUCGUUUCCUGUUUUCAGGAUAAAUAUAUUCAGAAUGAUAGGCUAUACCAUUCUUCCAUGUGCUAUUGGAAAUUAUCCUUUUUAUGUAUAUUUUAACUGUAGAAUAUUCUGAAGCCCUUUGUCUGUCAUAAAUGAAAUAUGAAACAGAACACUGAUAUACUGUUUCCUCCUUACUAAAUCUGUAAAAUGAGGCUAACGGAUAAUUAGAAUCAUCUCACUGCAUUCAAAUUUGAAAUUCACUCACGCUCUUAGUGAUUUUUAAACUAUGAGAAUUAGAAGAUAAAUGAUAGCAGGCAUUAAAAGUAAGCUAACUGCAUCUGUUCCAUGGUCACAGAGUGUCACAGUCUCUGAUAGACCAGUAACCACUUAGUCACAGAAGCUAGUGCUGGAGUCGCUUCCUUGGGCUCCGUAACAACGCCCUGUGUGAAGACACAGCAUCUCCUAAGUUACCCGGGGAUACAGGUAAGUAAAGAAAAAAGCCAUUCCCGACUGCUCUUAACGUAAUCACAGGUAAAGCUGAAUGUUCAGUUUGGUCUUGAGAAACAGACGCUUUCCUUAAGUUAUUUACUCUGAAAUCUUAGAACACACAUGGUGAAAUAAAAACAUUUUACAACUUCCAAACGUCACUUAGAGCAACCGGUUCCUGGACAGUUGUACAGAGCAAGAUACUAAAAAAAUGAAACCCAGAGAACAAUUCCGACACCCACUAUUCUUCAGCACAGGUGUCCCAAGGCAUUCAACGCCAGCCCAGACAACUUCUGUCUUGAUUUUGCACACUUGAGAAUGCCCAGCAGCAGUCUUCCACCUCAUCGCUGUUUUUUACAAAGGACUAACCACUGAACACCAAGAUGCCAAUUCCUGAGAAGCCGGGCAACUGCCGAGAACGCCACUCUCCACAGUGUUUUCCGCUUUAGGCAUUACCAUAUCUGUUCCUAUAGGAACAUGGGAGCUCCCUUCUUAAAGUAAGCAAGACUUUAAAGAAAAGACUACUCUUGGUCGUAACACUUGAUCUGCAAAAUCAUCAUUUCACAUCUUUUUUUUUCUUUGACUCUACCAGUAGCCACAUGAUAAUUGCUCUACAGAUUUUAGCAUUGGUUUUUAUUGUUUUUCUGGUGAUUGUUAUUACAUUGAUUCUGAUGAGGAAGCAAAUGAAGAGCCUCUUGGAAGCUCUGAGGACUGAGGUCUCAGGACUGACCCCCCUUAAAUUAUAGGGCUCUCCGCCUCUCUGUAAGAAAUAGUAUGGUAAAUAUUUUUAUUUUCAAUUAUUUGUUAAUUCUUGUUCAUUUCCCAUUAAUCACAUUUACCACUAACUCUUCCCAGAUCUUCCCAACAUCCCUACCUGCUCCAACUUUGGAUCUUGUUUUCUUUUUAAUUUAAUAACCCAGCAACCUCAUUUGUGCUGCCCAUGCAACUUUUCAUGGAAGGCCGUCCACUGGAGCAUAGCAAAGGUGUCAGUGUCUGCCACUAGAGAGAUGUCUUGGUGAUCGGAUGGCUUACUGCCCUUGCAGAAAACCCAAGGUUAAUUCCCAGCACCCAAGUCAGGUGCCUCAUAACUACCUAUAACUCCAGUCUGGGGGAUCCAACACCCUCUGACCUCCAUGAGCACCAGUAUGCACACAAGACACAUACAACUCAAGUAGGCACACACACAACCAUAAAUACAAAAUAAAUAGGGCAGCCAUUAGAAGUGACGUCUCAAAAGAUACAUUUUUAACUUCUGUAAUCUCUGCUACUAUUGUUCGGUUUCCUAUUUACACUUAUGCAGGAAUUCUCUAGUAAUCUAAAAAAUUAUAUGCAUCUCUUUCUGUGUUUUGAACUACACACAUAAAUCCCUUGAUGUUAUUCUCAUCUUUGCAUGUACUUGGUCUCACUUAAACAUAGGCAGGAGUUAUUCUGAACUGUUUCUAAUGUGGACUGUUCCAAACACCUAACACUGCAGUGUUAUAGAAUGGUAGAGUAUAUUUCCAUGCGCACUCUGCUUUGUAGAGCACAUAUUUGAUUAAAAAAAAAAAACAGCUAUAGGCAAAGUAAUGGGUUACAAGCAACAUAUAAGCACUACAACAAAAUCAGUGAUUAAUAUAUAAUAACUUUGAUUUUGAUAAAUGAGCCAUUGUGUUUAAGGUAAUUAAAAUAGUAAAAAAAAAUUACUUCAUGAAAUACAUAUUUUAAGCUUCUGUUUUUUGUAUUUCAUUAACCAAAUAAACUGAAGAAUCUUCUUAUUGGGUCACUUACUCAUAGAGUUUUCAUUUCACACACCCAAAAUAAAAACAGGUUUAAAAGAGGCUUGUAGCUUUAGUAUGAAAAGGGUUACAUAGAAAUACCCUUGUGCACAGUUUUUAGAGAUCAUAAUAACUUCUUGAUAUUGCCACCUUCACAUGGUGAUUACACAUCUGGCAUUCUGUGGUGAAAUAACUGUGACAGAUGUUCAAUCAUCUUCCAUGUGAUUUGAAUGAUACACUGAUUUUUCACAUAAAACAGUGUGUUCUUGGUAACUCGUUCACAGCUAACCCUGUAUUUGCACAUUGCAUACAUAACCACAGACACACACAAAAGCACAUUCGCCUCUUUAAAACUGAUUUGUAAGUCAGUUGUUAGGCUCUGGCGAGUUCAGCAUCUUGUGCAUGUUUUAUUGGAAGUGCAUGUGGUUUCUGGGGUUUUUAAACAAAUACAUGAAAUGGUUGAAAGAUUUAUAUUGCCCAUGCUUAACUAAAUAUGUCAUCUCUAGAAAAGAUGUGAUUUAUUUUGGCACUGUUCUAAAACUCAAAUAUUUUAAACAUUUGUUGAGUCGAAGCUUGAACUAGUAGCGUACGUUCCAAACUAGCAUCUCAAGUUACCAAAUGUUUUGUAAUCCUUUUACUGAAACAGCCCUCUCUGAAAAGCUUUUUCUCUUUCACUGUGUUCUUCAGUGUGAGUUUAAAUUCAUAAAGGUUGAAGUUGUUUUUAAUGUAGGGUUUCAUAAAGAGAGUUUGACAAUGAUAAAUGUGUGUUUUUAAGAAUCAUUAAAAUGAUUUUUACUAAUGAGAA